CACCUGACAUUCAAUUGAGUGACCCAAACCUGAGCGCCAAAACAACCAGAAACAUUUACUCCUACUUAAGCUACCUUCGCUUAAAUAAACCCGGCUGACGGUCGGUAACCUAGCCACCAGAUACAUGUCAGGAAACGGGUUAAUAUCAAGCAUCCGGAGGUUAAUAAACGCCGAGGAGCGGCUGAGGACUCCGGGUCCGUUCGAACAUCUUCGUCAGCAGAUGAAUGAUGUCUUGGGAGAUGGAGGGAUCCUAAAAGAGGUGGUGCAGCCUGGAGAGGGCCCACCUGUACCCCAAAAUGCUUCAGUAUUGAUGCAUUACUCUGGUUUCCUGGAGUAUUCUGACCAACCUUUUGAAACCACCACACACCUCAAGUACCCCCAGAUGAUGAAGUUAGGGAGAGACGUGACGCUGGCCGGACUGGAGCUGGGUCUGAUGACCAUGCGGAAAGGAGAGUUCUCUCGUUUCCUCUUCCAGCCCCAGUAUGCAUACGGGGACAUGGGUUGUCCUCCGUUCAUCCCCGCCGCUGCUGUGGUUCUGUAUGAGGUUCAGAUCCUCGACUACCUCGACUCAGGACAAGUGGACAGCUUCAUUGCGCUGAGCCCGGAGGAGCAGAACACAGUUCCUCUGUCCACACUUCUCGAAGUUGUCAACACAGUACGCAGCUUUGGCAACCGUUGCUUCCACCAGAGCCGUUACGACAAUGCCAAAGAUCGCUACAAACAGGCACUGAUGCUGCUGGGGAACAGGGACACAGAAGGCGAUGCAGAGAAGGAGAGGAUCCAGACAGCACUGCUUCCUCUGUAUCUGAACCUUUCUCUCACCGAGCUCCGCCUGGACAGCCCACACAAAGCCCUGAAAUAUGGCAACAAAGCCUUAGAGAUAGAUUCUGCCAACACAAAGGCUCUUUACCGCUGCGGACAGGCGUAUCUGGAGCUGCAUGAGUACGAGAGCGCCCAGACUUGCCUCAUAAGUGCUCAAGCAAAGAAGCCCUUUGACAGUGACAUCAACAACUUGCUGAGGAAAGUGGCAAUGUGCUAUAAAGACAGCUUGGACCAACAGAAAGACUUGUACUCCAAGAUGUUCAGUGACUUGAGGGCCGACUGAAGAUGUAAAGAUGAAAAAAAGAGUAAACAACACUUUCUCUCCAGAGCUGCGUUUUCUGGAAGUUAAACCUUUCAUAUGUUAUGGAAGGAAUAAUGUUGUACAGAUGUGGUGUUCAUAUCCUUUAACCAAAUAAGUCAGUUCCUUCAAAUCCUUCAGAUGUUUGUUAAUAAUGUAGCUCAACGGCAUUGUUUCUGUUUGAAGAUGUGCUUUGCAGAGUUUACUUUCAUUACUAGAUAUGAAGGCUGGAAAAGAUUUACACAAAGAGUCGGAGGGGAUCUUGAGUGGCUGCAUUUUCUAUAAAGUUGCAGCCUCUCAGAUUCUGUUCAUUAAUACUGUUUGCUUGAAUAUUUGCAUGGGGUCCUGAGGUGAUGAUGAUAAUAAAAUAAAAUAAAAAAAAAAAAUAAAUAAAUAAAUAACUUCAAAAA